AUGGUGCACUGGUAUUCCCUAACCCGAGAAAUACGCCUCAUGAUCCUGAAGUUACUUUUACGGCAGAAGCAUGGGUUGGCUUCUUACGCCACAGUCUGCAAGGAAUGGCAGACUGUUAUAGAGAAGAGAAUAUUCCGUCGACUGAAGCUGCGAGCAUCCUGUCUAGAUGACUUCGAGCGUAUGGUUCGUCGGCAACGGAGUCUCGUGAAACAUAUCUGGCUUAACAUAGAGCUUCGUACAUACACCUGUCGAAGCUGCCAAGACCUAGAGUCAUGUUCAUGGGCAUCAAGCAACAACCGUAUCAUCCGACAGGCGAUCUCAAAACUCUUUUCCAUAUUAAACAGCUGGGAUCUAGUUGGUGAUGGUUUGUCACUGGAACUCAGCGCACAGUCUCCCAGUGACUCAGAACACUGGUUUAAGACCAGUUAUUUUGGCGUCGAUUGCGAGGAUCGAAAAGGCAUUGUCGGGAGUAGGGCUCAUGGGCAGAAAGUCACAGCCACAUUUCACGACCCCAAGCACGGAUGGGUUGACGGUCGGCAGCUGGCCGUCCCUGAUGGACACGCUUUGUUGCGGCUCUUCGAGAUAAUUGAUUUGAGAUUCGAAAAGGAUCUUCCUGAGGUCCACGCAGUCACGAAGCUCGUACUACGUCGACAAUGCCGUCGUCAAUUUGUACCCAGAACUUUAUGGCUUCUGUUGGACAAGCUUCCUCAAUUGAAACACUUAGUAUACGAGCCAUGGCGAGUGUUGGAUAGGACAGUGCAGAAAUUGCAUUAUGAUAUAGACUACGGAACCAUGAUUGAGGCGCACUUACCGAAAGGCCUCAAGAGAAUAUCACUAUUUGAAGAUUUCAAUGAGGACCAUGUCACACUAGUCGAACAAACGACGUGCCUGCAGCCAGAUUACGUCCGGCAAGCACAACCUGCAGUUGGUGCUGCCUUGGCAUACAGGAGCCUCGACGUGGAGCAGCUUUACGUUUCAUAUAUGGUCGACGCUCAACACUUCUUUCAAGCCCGCCAACCAUUAUGGACUUGGGCCAAUCUCGAGACACUGGUGCUGACUUCACCACUAUUAACUCCUGCAACAUAUUACAAGAACAUUUCCAACUUGUUAGAGGGUGCUGCAGAAGCUGCGCUCAACAUGCCAAGGCUACAGACUAUGGCACUAUGGAACGGUGGCAGGAGAAAAGCGUGCGGAUUCAUCUUUCGUAAGGGGCCCAACAAUCCAUCCAUUACCGUGCGGAGUACCUGGGAUAUGAAACUUCAGCAUCGGACAAUUCAUAUCUGGAAGCGGGUAGCCUCCCCGAACGAACUUCGGAUUGAAAAGGAAAUGUUACGUAGUGAUAUUAUCAAGUCUCAUGGCGACGCUAUCUGUCACUUGGGCUUGCCCCAUGGAGUGAUAGACCCAGUAUCCUUACGGCAGAUACACCAGGAGGGAAUAAGUCCAGGUAUACCGUGA